AUCGCCCAGACUGUGGCCCUACAAGUACAGCCACAAGCGAGCUUGUUGGGCGUUUACAGCACAGGUCCGUAAGCCACCACCACGUCCCUUCACUAACUACGGCAGUUUGCACUGUUUGCCAUGUGGCUGGUAUCGAUAUCACCAUUGUGAGAAGCCACUCUGACAUCACCCUCCAAAGCUGGUAAGGAUCCCUCGUAUCGGACGCCUGUAGCAGAUGAUCAUGAGUAUCGAAGCUUGUUUGGGACGGAUCUUCUGCAACAACCUCCUGGAGAUCUACGUACCUACCUGGGUAUUCUGCCCGGUCGUGCGUGUCUCCCAUCCUCCCGACUACUUGUGAGUAUUCGUUAUCACCAGGACACCACACCCGGAAAUAGCUUCCAUGGUCAAACUUGGCAAUGCACGACAUCCCAGUCCUUGCUGCCAUCCAAUAACAAACUCUGCAGAAGGUCACGGUAUAUCUAACGGCCAACGGGGCUCUUUGGUCCCUGGAAACAAGGUAUUUGAGACACCAAUACACAAAAGAGUCUACCAUCCCAGAACGAAGAACGGUGUGGCCAGUGAACGAUAUAUGUGCGACACGUGGUAAGUCAAACUCGACAAUACUCCUUUGAGCGGAAGAAAGAAGCAGGACGGCGAACACAAGGGUCUCUUCUCCUCCGUCGACUGCGCCUGGGAAAGCAACAAGCUCACACCUUGUUGGUUGCGGCGAGGAUGUCUACCACGAGCCCGCUCUUUGUGAGUGUGGCCCUAGUUCCCCCUUUCCAAAGAAUGGAGGUUCGAACAUUCCGAAACCCUUUGGGAAAUGGCAAUCAACAGCUCCAGUGACAUUGUGCUGGGCGGCGACAAGCCCGCCACGAACUUUCCCAGCGCGAGCCAACACCUCGCAAAAGGGCUGACUGACCGGGAAGAAACCCCCAAGGAACAAGCUUCCCUAAUAUUCAGGAGCUCCUUUCCCACACGGGAUCCAGCAUGUCAGAUCUAUCGAGAGAGUUGCCGUGGACCUGACACCUACACUCGCACUCGCCAUUGCCUUUUUAGUUGUGAAAGUGAUGCCACGCACAAAUUUCAAAUGCCCCGAGCCUUGGAGGAGCUUGGUUCCAACAUAUAUCUAAAUGGCCAUGCGCUCAGCUAAAGAAAGACGAUAGGUGUCAUACUUAUUUCCCCCAACCAUGACCCGUCUAAUCUAAUGGAACGAGUGCCUGUGAGCGUGCAGACGGCAUUGACGGGACGACGAUACGGGAUCAAACAUCCAUCGACAACCAAACCACCCUAGGGCAACUUAUAUCAGAACACGCUUACUUACCAGGCCCAUCUCCGAAAGGGACGGACGGGCCUCUCGAGUCCACGCAUGGCCUGGGCUACAUACCCGAGUCCACCACCCACCGUACCCAGGGUCUUGGACAACUUUUGCCGUCUUCGGGAGUCUCGAGAGACGAAAUUCUACUGAGCUCCGUGAGCGCCAGCGCCAGCGACGUCGCUGUUCGAAUGAGAAUGAAAAUGAAGUUUCGAUCCCCCUGUUAGGAGAGGCAAGUCGGAAUGCGGGCGGCACCAGAAGUUCGCGCGAGGCCCAUCCAUAUGCAUGCCAUGUCAUGUUUGGCCUCCAUAUGGACAUGUAUGGAUAUUUGGAUAUCUGGACGUUGGGGGCUGUGGCGGUGACCAUCUCACAAACCUAUGGCAAAGACAGCGUAGA